CACUUCAUUUCAAUACCCUUUCUCAGAGUGUUGAACUUUACCGCCUCGAUUUCUUCACUCUCCAUUAUCUUCUACAAUGGCGUCCAUCGCCGCUCCUGGUCUCGCACUUUCCGUCCACCGUUCACACCGCCGGCUCACUCCUGCCACCGCAACCACCACCACUGCUGCCUCUGUCCCUUCACUUACAAUCAAAUCCAAGCAUCCUACAUUCCCUUCCUCCCAAAACCCUAAACCCUCAUCCUCACGCCCCCGCGACAAUUUUGACAUUUUGGGCUCGAAAAAGCUCCAAAAUAUCGUAAAAACCACCGCAGCCAUUGGCUGUGGUCUCUACGCGCUCUCCAACGGCGUGUCCAACGCUAAACUCAGCGGAAACGGUGGCGGCGGCUCCUCCGGUGGUUCUGGCGGUGGUGGUGGAGGGGGAGGUGGCGGAGAUAGCUUCUGGUCGAAGAUUUUCUCUCCAGCGGCUAUUGCUGGAGAAGAAGAAUCACAGGAAUGGGAUUCUCACGGCUUGCCGGCGAAUAUUGUGGUACAACUGAACAAACUAAGCGGGUUCAAGAAGUACAAGGUCUCCGACAUCAUGUUCCUCGAUCGCCGCCGCGGGUCAACGGUAGGGACGGAGNCAACGGUAGGGACGGAAGAUUCCUUCUUCGAAAUGGUGUCUCUACGGCCAAAUGGUGUCUACACGAAGGCGCAGCUCACUAAAGAGCUGGAAACCCUAGCUACCAGUGGAAUGUUCGAGAAAGUUGAUCUAGAUGCAAAAACAAACCCUAAUGGAACAGUCGGAGUUACGAUAUCCUUUUUAGAAAGCACGUGGCAGUCAGCUGAUAGAUUUAGGUGUAUCAAUGUGGGCCUAAUGCCACAGUCUAAGCCCAUUGAAAUGGAUCCAGACAUGACUGAGAAGGAGAAAUUGGAGUAUUACAGGAGCCAGGAGAAGGAUUAUAGGAGGAGGAUUGAAAGGUCAAGGCCAUGUUUGUUGCCGCCACCCGUGCAAAGGGAGAUUUUGCAGAUGUUGAGGGAGCAAGGGGCAGUUAGUGCUAGGUUGUUGCAGAAGAUUAGGGAUAGAGUGCAGCAGUGGUAUCAUGAGAAUGGUUACGCGUGCGCCCAAGUUGUGAAUUUUGGGAAUUUGAAUACUAAGGAGGUGGUUUGUGAGGUGGUGGAAGGGGAUAUUACUCAAAUGGUCGUUCAGUUUCAGGAUAAGCUGGGAAAUGUAUGUGAGGGAAACACUCAAUAUCCGGUUGUCCGGAGAGAAUUGCCUAGGCAGCUUCGUCAAGGACAAGUUUUCAACAUUGAAGCUGGAAAACAGGCUUUGAGAAAUAUAAAUUCUCUAGCUCUCUUCUCUAAUAUUGAAGUCAACCCUCGCCCAGAUGAAAAGAAUGAGGGAGGGAUAAUUGUUGAAAUUAAGCUCAAGGAGUUGGAACAGAAGUCAGCUGAAGUCAGUACUGAAUGGAGCAUUGUCCCUGGACGUGGAGGUCGCCCCACAUUGGCUUCAAUUCAACCUGGUGGAACUGUUUCAUUUGAGCAUCGGAAUCUUAAGGGGCUCAAUCGGUCAAUUCUUGGUUCUGUGACUACCAGUAACUUCCUCAAUCCUCAGGAUGAUCUUGCUUUUAAGUUAGAGUAUGUUCAUCCGUAUUUGGAUGGUGUUUACAAUUCGCGAAACCGUACGCUUAAAGCUAGCUGCUUCAACAGCAGGAAGUUGAGUCCUGUCUUUACUGGGGGCCCUGGAGUAGAUGAAGUCCCUCCUAUAUGGGUUGAUCGCGCUGGACUUAAAGCCAACAUUACUGAGAAUUUCACUCGUCAGAGUAAAUUCACCUAUGGACUUGUGAUGGAAGAGAUAACAACACGCGAUGAAAGCAGCCAUAUUUCUUCUCGUGGGCAGAGGGUACUGCCAAGUGGUGGAAUUAGUGCAGAUGGGCCUCCCACAACGCUUAGUGAAACUGGCAUUGACCGCAUGGCAUUUUUACAAGCUAACAUCACACGAGAUAACACCAAAUUUGUAAAUGGGACAAUUGUUGGUGAGAGGAAUGUCUUCCAGGUUGAUCAAGGACUUGGAAUUGGCAGUAAGUUCCCAUUCUUUAACCGCCACCAGCUGACAAUGACCCGAUUUGUCCAGCUGAAGCAAGUAGAAGAAGGCGUUGGUAAGGCUCCGCCACCUGUCCUAGUCCUCCAUGGCCACUAUGGUGGAUGUGUUGGAGAUCUUCCCAGUUAUGAUGCUUUCACACUUGGGGGACCUUAUUCAGUGAGGGGCUACAAUAUGGGAGAGAUAGGUGCAGCUAGAAAUAUACUGGAGCUGGCUGCUGAGAUGCGGAUACCUGUGAGAAACACACAUGUCUAUGCAUUUGCAGAACAUGGAAAUGAUCUUGGGAGUUCAAAAGAUGUCAAAGGAAACCCAACAGAGGUUUAUAGGCGGAUGGGUCAUGGCUCCUCGUAUGGAGUUGGCGUGAAACUAGGCUUAGUACGAGCAGAAUAUGCUUUUGACCACAAUUCUGGGACUGGAGCAAUAUUUUUCCGUUUUGGAGAGAGAUUCUAGUUUCAGAUUCCUUGGCCAGAUUCUUUUUUUGCAGCUAGUCAGACCUAUGAGUUAAGAACUGCACGGUUCUGAGUUUGAACUUCAGUUAUGUCUUAAAAUGUUGUUUGCUAAAAGAUCGGCUAUAAUUGUGGUUAGAACCUUUUCGAAAGUGAGUAUUCCGUAGCUUUUUUGCUCGUGUAAGCAAAAUAUGUUAAUAUAGUAAUUUGUGCAUUUUCUUUCUUCUCA